CUCCCAUCCUCCCUUCUUCUUACUUCUACCGCCUCCAAUCUUCUUUGGCCCCAUUGUACCUCACGAUGGAUGUCAUUACAUCGGCUUCGGCCGUAACCCGACACGAUGAAAAACCACGGUCCGCUGUGAAAGAAGAACCCACAUUCCAUGUGGCUCAAGGCGAAAGUUCUGCUGCAGAAAUGAGCAGUGAACAAUUCCGGUCCGAAAACGUCAUGUUCAGCACGUCAUCCCAAGGACGUCACAUGUCCCCACGCCCGUCAAGCCAGGAUCUGUCUGGUGAAGACGGCUAUGAAGAUGACGUCGUUUCUCUGAGCCAGACUGAGAAACAUGGACGUUGCAUGUCGUCAAGCCCGUCAAACCAGGAUUUUUCCGGUGGAGACGGCUGCGAAGAUGUUCCUCCGAGCCAGGCUGAGGAGCAACCAUCCGAUGAUGACCCCGCCACGACCGCGAUACUCCUCGCCGAAAGGCGCCAGCUUGAAGAGGAAAAUUCUGAGCUGAGAAAGAUGAAGAGCGCGUUAAAGGCCCAGAUAACGCGACAAUCCGAAGAGAUCAAUGAAAAGUACAAGCGUUGGUUUCAAGAAGAGAUCAGACGCUUUGUGAGACAGAGGUGGGCAGUGGAUAAGAUGGAACUCGAACUCGAAGAACAAAAGGCAGCGCUUGAGAAAUCCAAACUCAAGCAUUUAGUGGCCGAGCGGCUAAUUCUUCAGGUGAACGAUCAACUUGACGUACUUUUAGAUUCUGCGGAUAAGCAGCAGUCGCUGCUAGAGUUCCGCGAUUUCUUGAGUGGUAUCGUUCAAGAUGCAGCAUCAGAAGAUCACCGCAUCGAGCUUGAGGAUUUGGAGAAAAAAUAUGAUCGAGAGGCAAAAGUCCUACACGGUAGUGUCGAGUGGAUCGAUGUUUUCAUGAAGAGUCUCGAAAGGCUUGACGACCCCGACAUUGAUGCUCACAAGACGCUCGAAGCGCACGAAGAAGAUAGCUUCCUGCAAGGCUAUUCACAAGGCAUGACCGACUUUGCACGACUUUCUACUGUCGAGUCAAACAAUGGCAAGAUCCCCGAAAACUCGGAAGAUUAA